GAGGGAGAGGCGAGGUUUAUCAAAGUAGUGGUGGUCGUAGUGUGUGUUUGCUAGGAGAGGACUCCCCCCCACCACCACCAAUGGGUCGUGUGUGUGCAAACGUCACCUCUUAGUGCGGUAGUGGGUUUUGCCUUUUUCACACGCAUUUCCACAAAUAAACGUAUGCUUUGUUACGCAGACACACACCCCUUCUUUAAAACACACACAUUUUUUUUCUGCUGAAUGGCUUAAAUACGCCCCUCACUCUCAGAUUGGCCGCUGGUGAAGGCAAGGCAGGGCAUAUAAAUACGCUCAAGUUGCUCCCUUCUUUCCUUUUUUGUGGGAGCUGCCAACACUAUCGGUACCAAGCAUGCCUGUCAUCAGAACCCUCAGCAAGGUGGCCAAACAGGCCGUGCUCAGCAGCCCGGCAUGCAGCUGCCAGCCCUUGACUGUGGCCGUGCGCAACAUCAGCUUCUCCCCUCGCCAGGUGACGUCCGACGCCAGCUUCCACUCUGUGUCCUUCUCUGAGACGGACCACCCCAAGGUGCUCAUCACAGGUGGCCUUGGACAGCUGGGCGUGGGGCUGGCCAAACUCUUACGGAAACGAUUUGGAAAGAACAACGUGAUUCUGUCUGAUAUCAGGAAGCCGUCGAGCAACGUUUUCCACAGUGGCCCAUUCAUCUAUUCUGACAUCCUGGACUACAAGAACCUGCGUGAAAUCGUGGUGAACAACCGUAUCACCUGGCUGGUCCACUACAGCGCCCUGCUCAGCGCCGUCGGCGAGGCCAACGUGGCCCUGGCGAGAUCCGUGAACAUCACCGGGCUUCACAACAUCCUGGAUAUUGCAGCCGAGCACGGCCUGCGUCUUUUCGUCCCCAGCACCAUCGGCGCCUUCGGUCCCACUUCUCCUCGUAACCCCACGCCAGAUCUUUGCGUGCAGAGGCCUCGCACCAUCUACGGCGUCUCCAAAGUCCAUGCUGAGCUCAUGGGCGAGUACUACCACCACCGCUACGGCCUAGACUUCCGCUGUCUUCGCUACCCGGGAAUCAUCUCAGCAGACUCCAUGCCUGGUGGCGGCACGACAGACUACGCUGUCCAGAUUUUCCACGACGCCAUCAAGACAGGGAAGUUCGAGUGCUUCCUGAAGCCCGACACGCGUCUGCCCAUGAUGUACAUCGACGACUGCCUGCGUGCCACACUGGAGGUGAUGGAGGCGCCCGCCGACACGCUGAGUAUGAGGACGUACAACAUCAACGCCAUGAGCUUCACCCCCGAGGAGCUGGCUCAGGAGCUCCGCAAACAUGUGCCCGAGCUGGAGGUCACGUACAACGUGGACCCCGUCCGACAGGCCAUCGCUGAUUCUUGGCCCAUGAACUUCGACGACUCCAACGCAAAGACAGACUGGGCCUGGAAGUACGACUACGACAUGCCCGAGCUGGUCCAGACGAUGCUCAACUACCUGAGCACUGAAACACGCAUGGCCCGUGCUAACUGAGGUGUCGGCAAUGGCGGCUCCUUGUUGUACAUAAUGUAAAGACUGACCAAAGAGGAUGGAGAAACCUGGGCUUGUACAUACUUGUUCUCGCUCUGUGUAACUGCGAAGGGCUCCUCCGCUCGCCCGGCCGUCCGGCCUGAUUAAUGUGAAGGUCGGCGUGGGUGAGACGACCCUGGACCCUCCCCCCCAACACACAAUUUGCUCUUUUAAAAAAAAAAAAAAGAGAGAGAGAGAGAGAACAAAGCUUUUGACCUUUUACUCCACUUGUCACUCUGGCGGAGAGCUGUGAAACCAGUUCUACUUUUGCUGUAUCACAAAGGAUUGCAUAACUAAGUGUUAAGGGCAAAAAAAUGAUAAUAAAGGCAAUGUCUUUUGGGAUUUAGAGACAAAACGUGCGCCCUUUUAUGCAUUUUAGCAGGGUAACGGUCCUAAUUGCUGACAAAGUAAUCAAACGUGCAGAAAAGGGGAGGGGGUUGAUUUCUGAUACAGGACAUCUGUAACAACUUUUGUUUAUUCCACGUAAAUUUAUUUAUUCUUUCUAUUGGUGUCCAGUAAUUGCUUUUCUUAACGCUUAUUUUUCCAGUUUGUUUUUUUCCAUCAACACUGUGGGUUUAUGUGGACCCCAAUGGGGAAUAUUAUUGUUAUAUUACAAUUAAGGUCUUUGAUUAGAAGGGAAACAUCUCUUGUUUCUUGAUCAGACAAUUUGCGUUGACAAUAAACCACUUUGUUCCCACA